AUGUCACGUACAGGCGGCACCAGCACCGUCUCGGUGCGCCAUGCCUCCAAUUCUGCCUCUUUCGUCUCCGCUCCCCUCCCUCCCGCAGACCAGGACGAAGCUUGUCCCGUGUGCAAAACCACGCGCUACUUCAACAAGGACAUGGAGUUUCGAAUCAACACUGAGUGCUACCACCGCAUGUGCAAGACUUGUGUUGAGCGAAUUUUCAAGGACGGUCCCAACCAAUGCCCCUAUGCGGGCUGUCACAAGACGCUCCGCUUGAGAGGCUUCAAGACGGCGUUUUUCGGAGACUUGGGCGUUGAGCGGGAGGUCGACAUCAGGAGAAGGGUGGCAGCCGUGUUCAACAAGGCCGAAGACGACUUUGAGAGCCUGGAUGCGUACAACGACUAUCUUUACAUGGUGGAAUGUCUCACCGACGACCUCGUCAACGGAAACGACGAGGCCCGUAAAAAGGCCGAAAUCCAGCUCUCUGAAUGGGAGGCCCAGCACAAGGCUGAGAUCGAGCGCAAUCGCAAACUCGCCCGCGAAUCUGACGAGUCACGACAGAAACGUCUCGCCCUAGAACAAGAGGCCGCUCGUCAGCGCCGUCUCCAGGAGCUGCAGGAGGAUGCCGAUGAGAGAGCUAGUGCCGCGCGGUUCCGGGAGGAGAUGCUCAAUUCCCUGCAGAACGCAGAGCUUGGCCAUGCGGAGGAGGCAGUCGAUCGGAUCUUGCUCAAGAAGCGAGGACAGCAGAAGCGCGAUGCUACGCUGGAUGCUGUUGCGACGAUGGGAGGCAGCGGCUUGUCGAUCCGUGGUCUGAGAGAGAAGCGUGCUGUCGUGUUGGACGAUAAGCCCUACGAUCCGUUUGGUGGCCUGGAUCUGGCGCCCCAGAGAGUCGACUUGGCCAGCGAGAACCUGUCGCAGUACAAGAGCGAGUGGCUCGACAUUACGCGCACCAAGGAGGAUUACAUUGUGGGCGGAUACAGCUCCGAGGAAUAUCUUACGAGAGCCCUGUUCGAAGCAUUCUCUGGCUUGGGCGUGUUUGUUGCUGAAGACAAGGAUAUCAGAGAAGAGGCAACGGUGGCGGCUUCUUUGGAGGCCGGUGCUGCGGUGCCAGUGGGCGGGAAGAUGGAUGUCGAUGAUCCAUUUUGA